UGUCCCAGCCCCCUCUGCGGGUAAACAGUCAUGGCCGGCGAAGAAGACCGGCAGGACGCUGCGCACAACAUGGGGAAUCACCUGCCGCUUCUCCCUGCAGAGAGUGAGGAAGAAGAUGAAGUUGAAAUGGAAGUUGAAGACCAGGAUAGUAAAGAAGCCAAAAAACCAAACAUCAUAAAUUUUGAUACCAGCCUGCCAACAUCCCAUACCUACCUGGGCGCGGAUAUGGAAGAGUUUCACGGCAGAACUCUGCACGAUGAGGACAGUUGCCAGGUGAUUCCAGUCCUGCCCCAGGUGGUGAUGAUCCUGAUUCCUGGGCAGACAUUACCGCUUCAGCUUCUCCGGCCUCAGGAGGUCAGCAUGGUGCGGAAUUUAAUUCAGAAAGACAGAACCUUUGCAGUUCUUGCAUACAGUAAUAUACAGGAAAGGGAAGCACAGUUUGGCACAACAGCAGAGAUAUAUGCCUAUCGAGAAGAACAAGAUUUUGGGAUUGAGAUAGUGAAAGUGAAAGCAAUCGGAAGACAAAGGUUCAAAGUCCUUGAGCUAAGGACACAGUCAGAUGGAAUCCAGCAAGCUAAAGUGCAAAUUCUUCCCGAAUGUGUGUUGCCUUCGACCAUGUCUGCAGUUCAGUUAGAAUCACUCAAUAAGUGUCAGAUAUUUCCUUCAAAACCUGUCUCCUGGGAAGACCAGUAUUCAUAUAAAUGGUGGCAGAAAUACCAGAAGAGAAAGUUUCACUGUGCAAAUCUGACUUCAUGGCCCCACUGGCUGUAUUCCUUAUAUGAUGCUGAAACCUUAAUGGAUAGAAUCAAGAGACAGCUGCGUGAGUGGGAUGAAAAUUUAAAAGAUGAUUCUCUUCCAUCAAAUCCAAUAGAUUUUUCUUACAGAGUAGCUGCUUGUCUUCCUAUUGAUGAUAUAUUAAGAAUUCAACUGCUAAAAAUCGGUAGUGCUAUCCAACGACUUCGCUGUGAACUGGAUAUCAUGAAUAAAUGUACUUCCUUUUGCUGUAAACAAUGUCAAGAAACAGAAAUAACAACUAAAAAUGAAAUAUUCAGUUUAUCUUUAUGUGGGCCGAUGGCAGCUUAUGUGAAUCCUCAUGGAUACGUGCAUGAGACACUUACUGUGUACAAGGCUGGCAACUUGAAUCUGAUAGGGCGACCUUCAACAGUGCACAGCUGGUUUCCUGGGUAUGCCUGGACUGUUGCCCAGUGCAGGAUCUGCGCAAGCCAUAUUGGAUGGAAAUUUACAGCUACCAAAAAAGACAUGUCACCUCAAAAAUUCUGGGGUUUGACUCGCUCUGCUCUGUUGCCCACAAUCCCAGACACUGAAGAUGACGUAAGCCCAGACAAAGUAAUACUUUGCUUGUAA